GCACGGGGAGAUCACUCUAUUUCAUCACUUCGCUCUCCUGUUUUUAAAGAUGGCGUCGGCCAUGCUGUGUGCGGUACGUACUUCGUUUUCUGUUUUACGUCCUUUACAAACAUGUCACAGCCCUUCGAUAUUACCACUGCUGCAAAGCGCAAGAUAUUUGCCUAUCCUAGCAAACCUUACUGAUAUCCGUUUCUCUUCUUUUUUCAAACGUCUUCCUGCUGAUCGUCUCUGGGAGAGUGUCGGUGGUGUAAGUAAUGCUGGUAGGAAAAAAGGUAGAGGUCGUGGCCGGAAAAGAAAAGUGGAUCUACACAUCGGUCAAAUUCUCGGCGAUGGUCAACAGCAGAUGGUUUGGCCCGGACUCAAUGCCCCUGUCAUGAAAGGUAAAAAACUGUUGAACGUUGAAAGUUUACCACACAAUCCCGACAGAAAGGAACAGAUACAGAAAGUAAGGGACCGUUUUCAAAGAUCUCGUCAUUUAAAAAUUCCUGCUUUGCAACGUGGAUGGACAGGGAGACGGAUGCCCGGUAUGAGUAUAGGACCUCCAGAUCCUUUAGACGAUUUUACAUUUGAAGGUUUCGAUACAAGAGUAUUAGAGCUUAAAACCGUAGCCAAUAUGACAGCAACUCUGGGACGAAAACGAAGCUACAGUGCAUUUGUUGUGACUGGAAACAAAAACGGUCUUGCCGGGUUUGCUAAAGGUAGAUCGGCUUCAGCUAAGGACGCUCUUAGGAAAGCGAAAAAUAAGGCUGCCCUGCGAUUACAGUAUAUUGAACGAUUCGAGGAUCACACACUAUGGCAUAAUAUAUUUUGCCAGUAUUACGCAGUGAAAGUUUUCGCUAAAAAAAGACCCAAAGGCUUCGGUUUAACGUGUCACCGAGUUCUGAAAACUAUUUGCCAAGUUAUCGGAAUUGAAAAUAUGUACGCCAAGGUAGAUAGCCACUCUAAAAACACACAGUGUAUGACCAAAGCCUUCUUUGACGGUUUGUUGAAACAGGAAACACACCAAGAACUUGCAGACCGGAUGAAUAUGCAUCUUGUGGAAUUCCGAAAUGAAAGAGAAUAUUUUCCAAAUGUUGUUGCUUCACCUUCAGACGGAAAAAUUUUGGAUGCUCCUCCAGCAAACAUUGACUUGGAUUUUUCGCAGUUGUACUAUGGUGGGAAAAGGCAAUUACAGAAAAAGAAACGCUCCAAUAAUAAUAAUCCAUUGAUGCGAAGGAAACUAUGGCUUGACUACAAACACAGAAACCAGUACCAAUCUAGAUUGGAUAGAAUUGUCCUCGGAUUUGAAGAACCUGGGAACCAACAACAAAAGUAAAAUGUGUUCAGAUG